ACCACGGGAAAGCCCCAACAUUUUGUAUGAGUAAAAUAUCGGGCCCAAGAGUGCAUGCUGGAAAUUUUCGUACAAUAUUUUGACUCACUAGAAAUGUGGGAUCAAGAACCCCAGGCCAGUUCACUUGGAGAAUUGUCGUUUCAGUCAAACGUCAGGCGAGCCUCAUUGACAGACUAGAGCAUUUUGAUAGCCAUGACAUCGAAAGGUACACUUCUGGCAACUGUGCUACUGAUGGUGCUUAUCCCACUGCCCAUCUGCCAGGCCAUUUGGUUUCCCUGGUACUUCCAUCGCUAUGGACUAGAGCCGCACUCGGCUCGGCACAAGGGACCCGGCGGUGGGACAGCUCCGGCAGUUCCCAGUGGAAAACAGCCAAAGCCCGCGGACGGAGCGAAGCCCGGCACGAACAAGAACAUUAGCAAGGGUGGCUCGACCUGUCCGCCUGGCUACGAGCCAAAGGACCCUAAGGCUGUCCGGGAAGCGGGAUCGACAACUCGUAUCUGCGAUGAUAACCCCGUGCUGAUGCAGCUUGCCCGUCUCUAUGUGGUCAGUCCGGAGAGGAUUGUGCUGCUGUUGGCCCAGGCCUCCAUGGUUGAUUCGUGCGCUGAGAUCUGCGAUGUUCUCGGGAACAUUCACGCUGCAACCAGCAACUGUGUACUGGCCCCAGACAAUAUCUAUGCAAAGCUAAGCGAUGGACUGGACUACUUCAAGGAGGUUGUAUGCGCCACCGACUGUGAGGCCAGCCCACGCAAGCGGUUUGCUGGGCUCUUGGAGUCCCAGAACUGCAUCCGAGAGAUGCGCACCGACAUGAUCGAGUGCGAGGCACCACCCGAUUGGUAUGAGACGCAGAAUAAAUCCAAACUCUGUCAGAUCUACAACGAUGUCCUGGACUGCUACUACACCAGGGCGGCAAUGCUGUGCGGCAUUGAGUCGGCCAAGCAGCUGAGAUCCUUUGCUGCUGAUAGCAUGGGCCGGGCAAUGAACCAUAAGUGUGAGGUCAGCAAGAAACUUCCGAGGGUGGACAAUGCCAUGCCCUCGAUGGCGUCGGCCUCUUCGAACAUGGGCAUGGCUCUCUUUAUCAUUUUUCUGAAUCUCAUCAUUUGUUAAGGUUUUUUUCGAACAUUUUUAUAUUUUCUUACCAUCGAAACCGUGUGAAAAUUGUUUAAUAAAU